AUGUAUGUAGAACACAAACGGCACAGCUUCCUGAUGAAUAAUUAUGAAAAAUUACGGGUAUUAAAAUGUGAACGCGAAAUGCUGGAAGUGAAAGAAAGUGACUCUCACCUUAGAAUAGAAGACAGAAAAACAGUAAAACAAACAAAAAUCAAUGAACUCUUAAAGCUACAAAGCAAAGAAGUCAUUAAGCAAUUUCUUUUCACCUUUGGUUUAACUUAUUUCGUCUCAAGCUCUCAUAUUCUUAAAUGCGGAGGUUUAAGAUUUAAUCAAAAAAUUCAACCGAAAUUAACCCCAGAGCCAUGUUUUACAUACAUAAUGAAAGUUGGUGUAGCAGUUAAGUGA